UGUUUUGGCAAGCGAUGCCGUUAGCUGGCAGCAGAUUCACCGACAUCACAGCUGUUUUGUUUUCUGUGUUUCGACCUUUCACCCUGUUGCACUGCGCGGGCCUACAGAGCAGCAGCAAGUGUCGCUGCACAAACCACCUGUACAACUCCACCCGACCUCAUGACCAGUUUUCUAGAGGCCGUUCACAGUAACAGCCUGCGCCUCGUGCAGCUGCACCUGGCCGUGCCGCAAGCGUUGCAGGCCCGCGAUCUGCAGCAGGCGCUGUUCGUGGCCACCCGGCUGGGCCAUGAGGCUGUUGUGCGGCUGCUGCUGGAGACAGGGUUGUCGCUGGUGCUAGCGGUGGACGGCCGCCAGAACACGCCCCUGUAUGUCGCUGUGGCUCAUCGCUGGCCCCGACUGACGGAGCUGCUGGCGCGGGCCGGCCCGCCGGACCUUGUCAACGCCUGGGUGGGUGCGCGCCAUGCCGCAGUGCAUCUGGCAGCACAGGAAGGCCUGGAUGAGUGUCUGCACGUGCUUGUCGAGUGUGGCGCCGACCUGCGAGCACGCGACUCUGCCGGCUGCACUCCUCUGAUCCUGGCCGUCAGGUAUAAGCGCUACGGUGUCAUGAAGGUAUUGCUGGAGCACAGCAGCAGCUCGCUGAACAUGGCGGAUCACAGCGGCCGCACGGCACUGCACUAUGCCGCCCAGAGUGCCACGGGGGUGGCGCAGCUCCUAGCCGCAGGGGCCGAGGUGAACGUAGUGGAUGGCGAGGGCUUAACUCCUCUGCUGAUCGCGGCGGCGGAGGGCCUGUCUGGGGUGGUGAAGGCGUUGGCCGCCAGUGGCCGCUGUGACGUCAACGUGGCACUGCCAUCUUCUCGCCGCACGGCACUGCACAUCCUGGCGCACAAGGGGCACAGCGACUGCAUAGCACAGUUGCUGGCGGCUGGCGCCGACGUCACGGCCGCGGACGCGGAGGGCCGCACGGCCAUGUGGUUCGCCGUUUCCAACAACCGCCUGCAUGUCGUCAAAGAGCUGCUGCGGGCCAGCUGUCAGGCUAACGUCAGCUGCUGCCCCGCUCACCUGGCGCUGACGGCCUGCCCCAUACGUCUGGCGCUGGUCCUGCGCGCAUGCACGUCAUCAAGUUUUUCAUCCUGACCGGCUACGACCUGCCACACCUACGCGAGUGUCUUGCCCUGCCAGAGGCCCAGCAGCUGUUUGAACGGGCCGACUUGCAGCACUGGCUGCAGCAUGCUCGUGACGUCAUGUCGCUGCGCUGUUUGUGCCGCAAGUGGAUUCGCCAUCAUCUCGGCCGCCAUUUCUACUGUGACCUGCAGCAGCUGCCGGUACCGGACAGCAUCCGCCACUAUCUAUUCUACGGCGAGCUAGACGACAGUGAAGACUGAAAAAAAUGCCCGAAGUCGACCGAGAGCCGUGGGCGGACUGCUGGGUGAUGGGACAGCUUCACAGCGCCACCUGCACAGAUGACGCUGAUGGGAGAGUCGUGAGACUUUCUACCUCUUCCCUACUCCCGCAAAACCUCACUUCCUAUAUUUUUCGUUGGCUGCAACCACUGCCUGACAACUGAUUAUUUAAUCCGAUGGCAUAGCUGUUUCUUGACAUACCAGUCAGAGACCUGCUAGCCUCUGCGUUCCUGUAGUUAGUACGACUACAGGUGUGUCCUCGUAGUCUGAGAAAGGAACCGUUGUGCCUUUAAGUUUGUGACAAUAGAGUUUGAGUAGUUUAGAACGAUUAAGAUAGUCACUGUUUAUAGUUGUCGUAUAACAUCCUUUUGUCAUUUUUAUUUUAAACAGUCUGUUCGAACGCCCACUGCGGGCAGCUAGAAUGGCGCACAGAUUUCAUAAUCGGUACUCAAUGUAUACUGAAACACACAUAGCAAGGACAAAUAUUUAUUCUGUCAAAUUGUUUUUUCUUCCUCCUAUUUCAAUAAAAGAUUAUGUAUUUAUAUAUAUUGCAAAUAUUUCCCAUCAGGCCUGUUAUUUUCGUGUAAAUAGGGCCAUUCAUUAAAAUACUCAAAUUUUGCACAUAUAGUUAAGACAACAUCACUGGAUUAAAUAUACAUAUGAAAA